AUGGCCCCCAUCGCAUCCACCUCCGCCCCCGCCAAGAAGGGCAAGAAGCCCCAGUCCCAGCCCCGCGCCCCCGUGCCCCUCCCCGCCAGCUUUGACAAGUCUCAAGCCGAGAAGGCCGUCAAGGCGCUCAUCGCCCACCACACCAAGGUCGCCGCGAAGAAGGAGGAAGAGGAGCUUUUGCCGAAGGAGGAGCAUGUCUGGGUUGUCGUAAACACCAAGCAGGGUACUACUAGACGGAGUGUCAUGCCCGUCAGGAUGCAAGUUUCGCGAUUGAAGUUUUGGACGAGAGCUGACGACCGGUAUAGCCAACUCCCCCACCCUCCCCUCGCCCCUCCCCCCGCUACUUCCGUCUGCCUUAUUGUCAAGGACACCCAAAGAGAGUACAAGGACCUCCUCGCUACCCACAACAUCAAGUUUGUCGCCCGAGUGGUCGGCGUGGAGAAGUUGAAGGGAAAGUUCAAGCCUUACGAGCCGAGGAGGGAGUUGAUGAGGGAUCACGAGGUGUUUUUGUGUGAUGACAGAGUGGUGCCGUUGAUGCCCAAGUUGUUGGGCAAGAUGUUCUUUGAAGCCAAGAAGCAACCCAUCCCCGUCAACCUCGCCCGCAAAGACCUCAAAGCCGAGCUCGGCCGCGCCAUCUCCUCUACCUACUUCCACCCCUCCACCGGUACCUCCACCUCUACCCGCCUCUCCACCCCCUCCAUCACCACCCCCGCCCAGACCCUUGCCAACCUUCUCGAAUCUCUUCCCCAGAUCGUCGCCCAUAUCGAGGGCGGAUGGGAUGGUGUGCUGAGCGUCGGAGUGAAGACGAGUGGAUCGGUCAUGGUUCCCGUUUGGACGAGCGCGCUUGGUGGAAGGUUUGAGAAGAAGGAGAAGGCGAAGAAGGGCGAGAAGGAGGGAGCUAUGGAGGUUGAGGAGAAGGAAGCUACCCCCGAGCCCGUCGUCAAAGCCGCCGCCCCUGCCGCGAAGAAGGAGGAGAAGAAGAAGGUCGCCAAGAGCGCUGCCCCUGCUGAGGAGAAGCCCAAGAAGAAGUCUUCCACUGUCGGGUCUGGUAGCGCGGGCAAGAGGGCCAAGGAGGUUGUUGUCGGCAAGAAGGCGAAGAAGGUCAAGAGCAAGGCGUAG